AUCGCACCAGAAAUGAGUGAAAACCGUGACACAGCUGGUCUAUCUCUAAUAAAAGAUCACUUAGUGUAUGAUGUGGGUGGUGUUAAAAAAUUAAGUUCUCAACAUGUUGAAAUGCUUGAUUUAUCUUUGCAAUCAUCCAUUUGGGUACCGGUAGUCCACAUGUUUGUUAGUCAAACUUUUUUAGGAUUUGCUGUAUUGGAUGAUUAUGAUAUAUAUCGUAUAUGCUUUAAGUUAUUGAUUACAUUUUUUAUGGUUUAAAUAACAUAUAUUAUAUUGAAUGCUAGGCUGGCAAUUUUAGUGAUGGCGAUGCAUUUUUAAGUGCAGAGGUUUUUGAUUUUAGUAUUCAAAAAAUGGUGAAUGGUUUGUAGUAUGGUAGUUGAGAGAAGUAGCUUGGGUGUCAGAAUACUGAAUAAUCGUUUAUAUGCAGUAAAUACAUUUUUUUUCUAUUUUAAAUUUAUAAUUAA